AUGCAUUUGCAAGCACUUGUGCCCCUUAUUCCUCUCUUUGCCAGCCUUGCCGUUGGUCAAUCAUCUAACACAGCGAGAGCACUUUACAACAAAAUCUGCCCUGAAAACGACGGACAAGAGAAAGCAAUCAACUCCAACGUCCUGGUCACGUACCAUUGUGACCAGCGGCCAAUCAGUCGAGACAGAACAGUCAUAUCCGCUGGGAGUCCGGAUGAAUGCACUACCAUAUGCAGUAAGAGCCCCAGCUGCGAAGCCAGCUUGUGGGCAGGUAAAGAGACCACAGCGGGCCGACAGGCGAACACGGCCAAAUCGUGCGUUCUUUACCACAGCCUGGGAGGCUCCCUCAUCCCUGAAUCGAACGUCGUUUACAUGACCCACCGAACAAAGGAGGACCCCCUGUUCCCGGAUGAAGAUGACGAGUGCAAGGAUGACAAGGCUCGAAUUGGACAUUUGCAAGUCCAAGUGGACGAUCUGAAACGCCAGUUGGAGACUUGCAAUGGGAAAUGCGAAAAGGGAUGCUUCGAGUGCCCGGAAUACGACCAGGAUCAUAUCUAUGACCGAGGAAACGAUUACAAGGUUUACUGCGGCUUGCUCGACGACGCCGGCUGGACUUCAGACGAUCUCGCUACAUUCGGCGAUAAGACCCCGAAAGAAUGCGUUCAGGCCUGUACUGAUACACCGAAGUGCAAGCGCGCCAUCUGGGUAACCGCUCAACCCUCAAACAAAAAGGGAAGCUGUUGGCUGAGAGAUUACACGGUGCGAGCUGGUCCUGUUCCCACGAAGAAGACGGGUUAUAGCAGUGCCCACGUGCAGUGA